ACACGCUCCUGUAAGCCGGGAACUUGUGUACUGCAGUGCAGCAUGACCAUCGCAGUACUAACCCGAUUUUCCAGGUUGUACGGAGGACGCUGUUCGACGAGAAACUCGGCGCGCAAUAUACCAUGGGUUGGUAGGCAUACGUCUCAAACAGCUGGCAUCUUGUCUUCAACAAAGGUGUUGGGCCGCCAUGUGUCUGGGACUCCAUCAAAUGCUUCAACUGCACCAACAACCUGGGUCGACCGCCUUCCACCCAAAAUUCGACCUUACCUCAACUUAAUAAGAAUAGACAAGCCAAUUGGGACCUUAUUGAUGUUUUACCCUUGCGCAUGGUCCAUAACCAUGGCCUCAUAUGCCUUAGAGGCACCAUUAACGACACCUCUGACAUAUCUCGGCCUAUUUGGACUUGGAGCAGUGGUCAUGCGGGGUGCAGGUUGCACCAUCAACGACAUGUGGGACAAAAAUUUAGACAAAGCCGUAGAGAGAACACAAAGUAGACCACUUGCUAAAGGUGUCAUUAGCCAGAGACAGGCGCUGGUGUUCUUAGCUGGACAGUUGUCAGUGGGAUUGGGAGUCUUGUUACAGCUGAAUUGGUACAGCAUCCUCCUUGGAGCUUCAUCUAUGUCUUUGGUGACCGUAUACCCGCUCAUGAAAAGAAUCACCUACUGGCCGCAAGUCGUACUAGGGCUCACCUUCAAUUGGGGGGCUUUGCUGGGCUGGUCUGCCGUUGCCGGGGCAGUCGAUUGGAGUGUUUGCCUCCCUCUAUACGCAGGCGGAGUGUGUUGGACUCUUGUAUAUGACACUAUAUAUGCACAUCAAGACAAAACAGACGACGUGAAUGCUGGUAUCUACUCCACUGCUCUGCUUUUCGGAGAGCAGACCCGUCCGAUCCUCGGCGCGCUCUCGGCAUCAUCUAUCUCUUUGAUUGGUCUUGCAGGCGUUCUCAACGCUCAUGGGGUACCAUUCUAUCUCGGCCUCGGUCUCGGGGCUGCGCAGCUUGCACGCGUCCUUUGGAAAACAGACCUUGAGAGUCGACUGAGUUGCUGGCAAGGAUUCGUAGGAUGUGGUUGGUCUGGAUUUUGGAUAUGGACGGGAGCUCUGGCAGAUUAUACACUUCUGACUUCAGGUCUUAUAUGAAGGUUGUCUGCUCGAAAUGUCAAAAUUCGAGCAGUGGGUAAGAGUCUGCCAGAAGCACCAGUGCAAGUGACUGUUGAUUUGGCUUUCUACAGUCAGCAUCUGCGCCUCAUUCCUCGUCAAAUUCCUCAUUCAUGUGGUGUCAAGUCUUGCUUCACCCAAGUUGAAAUAGAUUCAAUAUCGAUUUUUCUAGCUGCUUAGUUAGGGAUCGGAUACUUUUUUUUGGAAAUUUUCGGAGAUGGACGACCCAAAGAUCUUGACUACUUGUCCGGGCUCUUUCUUCACUGUUAGCUAUGGCCUCCACCUCAUCUAGCAUUGUGUUCGACGAUAUCUUCACGAUUGAUGCCAUCGACAAGGAUGGCAAAAAAUUCGAUCGAA